GUGAACAUUUAAAGUUCAUAGUAAACAAACAUUUAAAAAAUACUUUUUAUUACUUUAUACAGAUGGUCAGUGUUUUUAUUUAUGUUUAAAUAUUAAGGUUAUAUUAUUUAAUGUAUAUAAUUUUAACAAUUCAUAAUAAUAUUGUGAACAAUGGAUUAAAGUAAAAGGUUACCUAUCAAAUUUAUAAUAUAAUACAUGAAACAAGGUACUAAAACCUUUUUCUUAACCCUCAAUAACUAAACACUCUUUUAAGUUUAAAUAAUUUAAUUAUUAUAAUCAUUUAGGUAGGUAGGUAGGUGGGUUAGGUGUCUUACAAAACCAAGAUCUGUUCUUUAGCUUACAUUAUUAUAUUAUUACUAUUACAUAUUAUGUAUUAAAUUAAAUAGUAAAUUACAUUAUAAUUCAUACAUGGAUAACUUGUUGGAUAUCACUGUGUAUCAUGGGACUAAAUAAAGGUGUUAUUAGUAAGUAUGUACUAUGCAUGAAUCCAAGAUGAAUUAAAUAUUAAUUGUUGUAUAAUAUUAAUACUUUUUUGUGUACCACAUACUGAGAGUUGGUAGGUACGCUAUAGGAUCUAGAAUUUCAAAAUAAGAGGUUAAUAAUAAUAUUUGCUUCCUAAAACACUAAGUACCUAGUAUAAUUUUACUACUCAGUACUAUACAUAUUAUUACACAAAUAUAAAUUAUUAUUAUUGUGUAAAAUGACCAAGUGCAGCUAAAAAAGUAAAAUGUAUCAUAUUAUAUAUUAUAUUAUUAUAUAUUAUUGAUAAUAGUUUUGUUAUCAAAAUAUCAGAGGCGAAAGGCGCGGUAAAAAAAAAAUUUUGAACUGGCCAAUGAAAUUGUUUUAUUUUAUACCUAGUGCCGAGACCAUGUACACUUUGGUAAUAUGCCGACCGGCCGGCCAGCUGUGGAACCAUUAUCAGUGUUUUCGUAUUUAUUUGGUUAUGUUCAAAACUUUAAGUUGUUUCGGUUCGUCAUGGUUUAGUGUCACAAAGUUCUUAGUUUUUCCAUUGUUUAUUGUUUAAUGUGAAAAUCUGUGAAAGACCGUUUAUUGAAUUUUUUCGUGUGUUCGUCCGUUACAUGUGAAAGUCAGUCACUUCGUUUUCUCAAACUGUUUAGUCAGCAUCAUCAUUUUAUAUUGUCAUCAUCUUCAUGUGCUGUUUUUAGUCGUCCCAAACCAUGUUGUUGUGAAUUUGUGAUUUAUCGUCUGGUAAUUAUCGUUCAUUGCAAUUUUAUUGCCACCAUUAAUUUGUUAUCCCCAGUUUAGGGUGGUCAAAAUUACCAGCGAUUUAUGUAGUGAUUCAACGUGUAUUGGUGUACCUCGUUGCUCGUGGGGACAGUAGUGUAUACUAGAGAUUCUGUCCCGGCUCCUUUCAGUGUUAACUUUAAAUAUGGCGUCAAAUAAACAUUGCUUAAAAACAAUCAAUACAAAUGUGAUUUUUAAAUAAUCUUAUCGUGUCCGAUUUUCUAUGAACUAUCUAACCUACACGUAAGUCGUACACGUUAGUUGACUAUAAUAUACGCGAUGGCCAGCUAAAUCAUGCACAGAUACGCUUUAAAUUGCAACUUUUUAUACUAUAUUUUUAUAGAUAAUCGUUGUCGUCAUUGUCAUUCGCGGUAUACUGCCAAAGUGAAUGUCUCUCGCCGAGCGAACUGUGACUAUUUGUACAGCCGACGACGGUUUAUCAGCGGAGCCCACUUUAAAAUUCUCCGCCAAUUGUGUACACGAUGCCGUUCAGCCUGGCGAAGAUCGCGUACCAAAUGUGCAGCCCCGAAGACCGGUCUUGGUACCACGCUAUACCGGGUCACAAGUUGACGGUCGACAUACAGAACUGUUGCAAUCAUCUGAUUUCGCGUAGCUACCAGAUGGAGAACUGCCAGUCGUUGCUACCGGACGUGUGCACCUCGGCCGCCAUGUACGGACACCUCGACUGUCUACGGCAGGCGCACCUCAGGGGUUUGCCGCGGGACCGUCACACCACCGACGCGGCCGUCAACGAUGGCAACGUGGAAUACUUGCGUUACGUGCACGAGAACGGGUGCGAGGCAGAACGCUUAGAGGUGGCGUUGAUGUCAACCAUCACCAGCGAAAUGGCCGAGCUCGAAUACUCGUUGCUAAACGAUUUCAAUUUACCGAUCGACAUCUUCACUGUUAUCGACCGUCGCCAUAACGUCGAAGUGUUGGAGAUCCUGCGCCGGCAUGGCUGCUAGUGGGACGAUACAGCGCCCUCGGAGGCCGCGUUCUACAACCAGUUGGAAUACUUGGAAACUUGCAUCACCACGGUUGCCUUUAGGACGAAACAAUGCCGCUAAGAAGGGACACUUCGAAAUCCUCAAAUAUGCUCACCAUAUUCAGCCCGUGGGAUGAAACGACGACCACCGCGGCCUCCCAUUCCUUACACUACAAAUGCCUUGUAUAUACUAUUCGAAACGGAUAUCCGUUCGAUCCCAACCUCGUCAUAUUGAUUUUACCGUCUCUCCUAGGUUAGGGGAUUUUGGUCUAGAGCAGUGGCGGAUCUAGGAUUUUGUUUUUUUUUUUGGAGGGGGGGGGGCACAAUAUUUUUAUAAAAAUUAUAUUAGUAUAAUGGUAUUUUAAAAUCUAUCAUUAUAUGGACAUGGGGGGAGUAGGUCCCUCUGGCCCCCUAAUUAAAUCCGCCACUGGUUUAGAGUCUGUGUAAGUUUGCCCAUGUAAGUUACCUUUAAAUGUUUUUUAACAAAAGUGAACAGAUAUAAAGGUUUGACUUGACAAACAAUAUUUACAAGAAACUUUUUACGUUGUUUAUCUUUAGGUGGAAUUUUAUUAACUUUAAAGUUGUCAUUUAUAUAUUUUUAAAUUUAUUGUUGUUAAAAUUGUUAUAAUUUUAAGUUCAAAUAAAAAGAAAUGUAUUAUAAUAUUAAUAAUAUAUUAUACUUAAUUAAUAUUUUAUUAAUUUUUUUUUGUAAUAACUUUUAAUAAUUAUUUUGUUGAAAUCAGACACGUAUACAAGGGGGGUCAACCCCCCCUCCCCACCCGAAAAUUAAUAGUUGUGUAGUUUAUUUAUAUCAUCAUUAAUCAAUAAAUAUUGAUAGUUGCAAAUUUUU